UAAUGAAGUUGUCGUUCAAGUCGUUUAUGUGUGUGUAUAUAUAUGCCAAAGGUGUUCACGUUCCGCCAUGUGGCAAUGAGGUGUCUUGAAAACACUGAAGAGGAUGCCGCAAUUCUCUAACUGAUUUGGAUUUUUUUUUGUUUAUUUUUCAUUUCUCAAUCUCAAUCCAGAAAAAAAAAAAAAAAAAAGAUACUUUAAUUUCUAAAAGUUUAUAGCUUUUCAUGCAGAUGGCAUGAACUCCAAUUCAGGCACAGAAAAUAGAUGAAAGCUACCAUAUAUUAGAACUCAACGCGUGAACGAUUGUUUCUUUUUAAGGAAAUUUCAUUCUACCAGACUCAAUUCUACUAUGUCAUUGUUAAUGGCCUAGUGGUGGAGUUUUCAACAUUGGAAGUUAGGAACUGAUUGUUGUUGUUGCUGUUGUAGUCACAAGAAUGGCUCUAGCUCCAGUUCCAAAACUUGUCCUUGGUUCAGUUGCCUUUGCAGUCUUCUGGGUGUUAGCAGUUUUCCCUGCUGUGCCUUUUCUCCCCAUUGGGAGAACUGCAGGUUCCCUUCUUGGUGCAAUGCUCAUGGUCAUAUUCCGAGUUCUUACCCCGGAUCAAGCCUACGAAGCGAUCGAUCUUCCCAUUCUCGGCCUUCUUUUUGGCACAAUGGUUGUCAGUGUCUACCUUGAAAGAGCUGACAUGUUCAAAUACAUUGGAAAAUUACUCUCUUGGAAGAGUAAAGGAGCCAAGGACUUGCUUUGCAGAAUCUGUCUCAUUUCUGCUGUCUCAAGUGCACUAUUCACUAAUGACACUGCCUGUGUUGUUUUGACAGAGUUCAUUUUGAAAAUUGCAAAGCAGCAUAAUCUACCACCACACCCUUUGCUACUUGCACUUGCUACUAGUGCUAAUAUUGGUUCUGCUGCAACUCCUAUUGGCAACCCCCAAAAUUUGGUUAUAGCUGUUCAGGGUAAAAUAUCAUUUGGAAAGUUUCUGAUUGGUGUUCUUCCAGCUAUGCUUGUUGGGGUUUUGGUGAAUGCUAUGAUUCUCAUGGUAAUGUAUUGGAGGGUGUUGUCUAUUCAGAAGGAUGAAGAGGAUCCAAUAGCAGAUCAUGCAGCAGAGGAAGAGGUUAAUUCCCAUCAGUUUUCUCCAGCUACUAUGUCUCAUUUUAACUCAUUCAAUUCUCAAGAAUGGAAUGCACGUGUGGAGAGUUUUAACAUUCAAAGUUCUCCUCAAGUUCAUAGUCUGCGAAACCGGUCAACGGCAAGUGACGGUGAAAUUGACAGGGUACUUAGUAACACAUUGGAUUCCAGAAGAAACUCUAAUGCAUCAAAGGAAGACACAAACGGUAUGGCUAUGCCUUCUCAGACAGUGGAGGAAACUAGUCCUUCAAAAGGUGAUGCAAAUGCAAUAGUGCAUAAACCAAUAGAAGCACAUGUUUUGCUCACUUCGGAAGAAAAGGACUUUGUAAGUGUAAGAUGGAAAUAUGUACUGUGGAAAUCAUGUGUUUACAUAAUCACAUUAGGAAUGUUGGUUGCAAUGCUUCUUGGUUUGAAUAUGUCAUGGACAGCUAUUUCAGCUGCACUAGCUUUGGUAGUUCUUGAUUUCAAAGAUGCUAUGCCAAGCCUAGAGAAGGUUUCAUAUUCACUUUUGAUAUUCUUUUGUGGAAUGUUCAUCACAGUAGAUGGCUUCAAUAAAACUGGGAUUCCUGGUGCUCUUUGGGAUGUCAUGGAGCCUUAUUCUAGAGUAAAUAGUGCUAGUGGAAUAGCAAUACUUGCUCUAGUUAUACUCAUCCUAUCAAAUGUUGCUUCAAAUGUACCUACUGUUCUAUUGCUUGGAGGACCAGUUGCAGCCUCAGCUGCUGCAAUUUCCCCAGAUUAUGAGAAGAAAGCAUGGCUCAUAUUGGCUUGGGCCAGCACAGUUGCAGGAAACCUCUCACUGUUGGGAUCAGCUGCUAACUUGAUAGUGUGUGAACAAGCUCGCCGUGCCCCUAACAUUGCAUACACACUAACCUUCUGGAACCAUCUCAAAUUUGGUCUUCCAUCAACUCUUGUAAUCACUGCUAUUGGUUUGACACUCAUAAGAUGAUGUAGCAUUUUGUUGAACACACGUAGUCUUACACUACUAGAAAAUUUACUCAAAAGAAAAAAUAAGUUUAGUGCAAUGUUGUUUUAGGGUACAUGGGAAAAUAUAUGUAACAGAAUAAUGAGUUCUCUGUUGUCUUAUCAUUAGAAUCACUGAUUAUUCUGAAAGUUGGCCAAGGAUGUUUUGAAAUUUCAACUAUGAAGGAAAAGGAACAAAAGAAAAGAAGCUAAUCUAAGACCUGUUUCUUUAUAGUAGAAGGGAAUUUAGAGUGGACACAAGUGUUAAAUUUAAGUACUUUAGGACCACAUUAUUCAUGGGGAUAGAAU